GGAAAGUAGGUUAGUGGUGCGACAUUUAGGGAAGGCAGAAAGUAGGUCAGGGACGGAGGUGCCUGUUUACCCGCGCCGGACUCACCGCCGCCGCCGCCGCCGCGGGAUCCGAGUGGGGGCGCGGGCGCAGGCGCUCCCGGCAAGCCACGGUGGUGCUGACUAGAGUGUGUGCUUUUGGACCCAAGUUUCACUUUUCAGAUGUGGAAUCCUGGGCCUUUGUUGGUUUUUAGAAGAAGUUGACUGUCUGGAAGGAAAUUACAAAACAUGAAAAUCUCUUUAAGGUGACCAGCACGUCCAGCAGCCCUUGCUCCUCCAAAGCUGGAUCUGAAGUUUAAGAACCAUAACGUCAGAACACUCAAAUAUGGCAGACCAGCGAAUGGACAUUUCCUCAACCAUCAGUGACUUCAUGUCCCCGGGUCCCACUGACCUCCUCUCCAGCUCUCUCGGCACCAGUGGCAUGGAUUGCAAUCGCAAACGGAAAGGCAGCUCCACUGACUACCAUUCACAGGUCGAAUAUGGGGAGCACAGUGGCUGGAGGUCAGAUGCCCACUAGGAGAUGCUAUGAUUAAUAUAGAAAGCAUGGACACAGACAAAGAUGACCCUCAUGGAAGGUUAGAAUACACAGAGCACCAAGGAAGGAUAAAAAAUGCAAGGGAAGCUCACAGUCAGAUUGAAAAGAGACGCCGGGAUAAAAUGAACAGUUUUAUUGAUGAAUUGGCUUCCUUGGUACCAACAUGCAAUGCAAUGUCCAGGAAACUAGAUAAACUUACUGUGCUCAGGAUGGCUGUUCAGCACAUGAAAACGUUAAGAGGUGCCACCAAUCCAUACACAGAAGCAAACUACAAACCAACGUUUCUGUCAGAUGAUGAAUUGAAACACCUCAUUCUCAGGGCAGCAGAUGGAUUUUUGUUUGUCGUAGGAUGUGACCGAGGGAAGAUUCUAUUUGUCUCAGAGUCUGUCUUUAAGAUCCUCAACUACAGCCAGAAUGACCUGAUUGGUCAGAGUUUGUUCGACUACCUGCAUCCUAAAGAUAUUGCCAAAGUCAAGGAGCAGCUCUCCUCUUCUGACACUGCACCCCGGGAGCGGCUCAUAGAUGCAAAAACUGGACUUCCAGUUAAAACAGAUAUAACCCCUGGGCCAUCUCGGUUAUGUUCUGGAGCACGGCGUUCUUUCUUCUGUAGGAUGAAGUGUAACAGGCCUUCAGUAAAGGUCGAAGACAAGGACUUCCCCUCCACCUGCUCUAAGAAAAAAGAUCGAAAAAGCUUCUGCACAAUCCACAGCACAGGCUAUUUGAAAAGCUGGCCACCCACAAAGAUGGGGCUAGAUGAAGACAACGAGCCAGACAACGAAGGGUGUAACCUCAGCUGCCUUGUCGCGAUCGGACGACUGCAUUCUCACGUGGUUCCACAGCCAGUGAAUGGGGAGAUCAGGGUGAAAUCUAUGGAAUACGUUUCUCGACAUGCAAUAGAUGGGAAGUUUGUUUUUGUAGACCAGAGGGCAACAGCUAUUUUGGCUUAUUUACCACAAGAACUUCUAGGCACAUCAUGUUACGAAUAUUUUCACCAAGAUGAUAUAGGCCAUCUUGCUGAAUGCCAUAGGCAAGUUUUACAGACGAGAGAAAAGAUAACAACUAAUUGUUAUAAGUUUAAAAUCAAAGAUGGUUCUUUCAUCACAUUACGGAGUCGCUGGUUCAGUUUCAUGAACCCUUGGACCAAGGAAGUAGAAUACAUUGUCUCCACCAACACUGUUGUUUUAGCCAACGUCCUGGAAGGCGGGGACCCAACCUUCCCACAGCUCACAGCGUCCCCCCACAGCAUGGACAGCAUGCUGCCCUCUGGAGAAGGUGGCCCAAAGAGGACCCAACCCACUGUUCCAGGGAUCCCAGGAGGAACCAGGGCUGGGGCAGGAAAAAUAGGUCGAAUGAUUGCUGAGGAAAUCAUGGAAAUCCACAGGAUAAGAGGCUCCUCACCUUCUAGCUGUGGCUCCAGCCCAUUGAACAUCACAAGUACACCUCCCCCUGAUGCCUCUUCACCAGGAGGCAAGAAGAUUUUAAACGGAGGGACUCCAGACAUUCCUUCCAGUGGCCUACUACCAGGGCAGGCUCAGGAGAACCCAGGUUAUCCAUAUUCUGAUAGUUCUUCUAUUCUUGGCGAGAACCCCCACAUAGGAAUCGACAUGAUAGAUAAUGACCAAGGCUCAAGUAGUCCUAGCAAUGACGAAGCGGCAAUGGCUGUCAUCAUGAGCCUUUUGGAAGCUGACGCUGGACUGGGUGGUCCUGUUGACUUUAGCGACUUGCCAUGGCCAUUGUAAACACUACAUGUUGCUUUGGCGACAGCUACAGUAUCAAAGUGCAUUACUGGUGGAGUUUUACAGUCUGUGAAGCUUAAUGGAUAAGAAGAGAACAGCUUUUAUGUGCUGUCUUCAUAAAAGCCAUCUCAGAGCCAUUGAUACAAGUCAAUCUUUUUAUGUGUAACUUCAGACAAAGUGGAACUAAGCCUGCUUCAGUGUGUCCUCAUCAUUGAUUAUUGGGCUAGCUGUGGAUAGCUUGCAUUAAUUGUAUAUUUUGGAUUCUGUUUGUGUUGAAUUUUUUAAUCAUUGUGCACAGAAGCAUCAUUGGUAGCUUUUAUAUGCAAAUGGUCAUUUCAGAUGUAUGGUGUUUUUACACUACAAAGAAGUCCCCCAUGUGGAUAUUUCUUAUACUAAUUGUAUCAUAAAGCUGUUUAUUCUUCCUUGUAAGAAUCCUUUACUAUAAAUAUGAGUUAAAGUAUAAUGUAUUAGACAGUUACAUAUUUUUAAUAAAUGUUUCCCUUGUUCUAUAAA